AUGUUACAUAUGAAAGCUAAAAAACUUCAAACAAUUAAUUGUCGAAUUGAUGAAGGAAUUAAUACAUAUGAAUAUGCAAUGUAUUGUCAAACUGAUUGGAAAGAUUUUCAUCAUCUUGCAUAUUGGGAAUUACUAUGGUGUCGUGUAAUUCAACGACAAUGGAAAGAAGCAUCGGUUAUGGCUCAAACACUUUUAGAUCAAAAUAAUUGGAGUAAAGCAACUUAUUGUUAUUUAUUAUCAACAUUUAAUUUCGAAGAAAAUAAUGGAAUAGCAACAGAUGAAGUUGUCAGAUUAUAUAAACGAGUACCUGAAUUAAAAAUUCGUCUUGCAGGAAAAUCUAUACCAUUAGAAAAAUAUGCAAUUAAACAAUGUGAACAUUUUCUUGUUCAAAAUUGGUUAUUUUUACCAGGAUUGAGAUUAAAUGUAACACUUGAUAUUGUCAAUAAUGCUUUAAAUGAUUUAGUAAUUCAUCAUCUAAAUGAUCGAUUCUAUGUAGAUAGUUAUGGUUCUGGAUUAUUACUUCGUGGUGUUCUUCUUCAUUUUCUUCGUCGAUACGAUGAAGCACAUGAAGCAUUUGACGAAAUAAUUCAUUUAGCAAAACAAUUUGAUACAAAAUCUUUUUUAGCACCAAAUGCUUUAUUAGAAAAAGGAUUGAUUUAUCUUAAUUUAAAACAAAAACAAAAGGCAAUUGAAUAUUUACAUAAAUCAUUAAAUGAUUAUAAAGGUUAUCAACUUGAAUCUCGUCUUCAAUUUCGUAUAAAUGCUGCAAUGCUAACAGUGAAACAAAUGGAUAAUUAA